AUGACACUAACGCGCAACGACCGUCGCAUAAUUCUGCACCUCGAUUAUGACUGUUUCUACGCCUCAGUAUUCGAGGUAGAGCAACCAGCUCUAAAAACCCUCCCGCUGGCGGUACAACAGAAGCAAAUCAUCGUAACAUGUAACUACGAGGCCCGACGACGUGGACUACACAAGCUACAGUUAAUCAAAGAGGCGAAGCGAAUUUGUCCUGACGUGGUGAUUGUCCUCGGUGAGGACUUGACCAAAUUCCGAGAUGCGUCAAAAGAUCUCUAUCUCUUCAUUCGUGGCUUCAUAUGGGGCGGACGAGUAGAGAGAUUGGGAUUUGAUGAGCUUUCCUUGGAUGUGACUGAUAUGAUUGAUUAUAAUAUCAAUUUAUUGAACCUGAAUGAUCUGACGAGUUCAUUCUUUCAUUUGGAUUCUAAGGAUCCGACUCUUGGGUUUGAGUAUGAUGCGACUAAAAUUGUUGGUUCUACAUUCCCAGCGGAGACUAGCACAUCUUCAUCUCUACGUGAUACAUCAUCACUGGAAAUGAAGCUGCUGGUCGCUUCACAUCUGCUGAAGCAUCUUCGAGAUAAGAUGGAACAUGAGAAAGGGUUUACCGCUACAGGAGGUGUAUCGACCUCGAAGCUUCUGGCUAAACUAGUGGGAAGUGUCAACAAACCUAAUCAACAGACGACCUUAUUGCCACCAUAUUUAACGGAAGAUGGCUUCGAAAGCAACGUGACUCAAUUCUUGGAUAGUCAUGAGAUUCGAAAAAUCCCAGGAAUCGGAUCUCGACUAGCCCAGAAACUGCGAGCUCGGGUGACGAGACCGAACAACGAAGACGAAGAUGAGGACGAGAAAAUCACCGUCCGCGAUGUACGUCUCUAUCCCGGGAUGGGGCCAGCACUCCUUGAGAAAACACUUGGAGGACCCGGAGCAGCGCGAGGCAUUGGGAUGCGCAUCUGGAGUAUUCUACACGGUGUAGACAAUACAGACGUGCGAGAAGCCCGCGAUUUACCUACACAGAUUAGUAUCGAAGAUUCCUACGGUCGGGGACAUUUAGAUACAGUGGAGAGAGUGCGACGGGAACUGAUAAUUCUGAGUCGAAGUCUCAUUCGACGUAUGAGAACCGAUCUCAUAGAUCAAAGCGAGGGUAGUCCUCGGUGGGUGGCUCACCCACGUACAUUGAGACUAUCGACGCGACCUCGCAAUGCACCGGAAACAGACGGUGUGCGAACAUACAACGCGAAUCGAAUUUCCCGAUCGGCGCCACUGCCGACAUUUAUCUUCCAUGAUGAGAAUGUGGAUUCAUUAGCAGAGCGAUUGGUUCAAGAAAGUCUUUUGAUAAUGUUUCGGAAACUUCAUCCGGAGAAAUCUGGUUGGGACUUGAGUUUGAUGAAUGUGGCUGUGACAAACAUGGUGGAGAGUGCGGGGGACCAGAAACAGAGUAGUGGACGGGAUAUUGGGAAGAUGUUUCAACAACAGGAGACGAUACGACGAGAGUGGAGAGUGUCAGAUUUAUCCGAGUUGAGUCAGAGUCAGAAUGAGACCCAGAACGAGACUCCAGAUGUCGAUCAAUUGGAGAAAGAAAAUAAAGUGGAAUGGGAGGAUGGAGAGGAAGAAAUGUACACGCGCUCCCAAGCAUCAGAAGCGAUCCACCAAGUCACCUCAAUCGAUAAUGCCGUAAUACGGACCCCCUCACACUCGAUAGACCACCUCUCACACUUCGACCUCACCUUCAACCUCCACCGCGGCAGCACGCGCAUUAAACUGGAACUAGAACCAAAUCAUGAUAUCCUCGCCGACGAUGCCUAUAUCCAGUACAUCGAUGCCGAUGGCUCCCUCGUGGAAGGGGAACCGAUCCACCGACAUGAGCACAAGGUUUUCCGAGGGCGGGCACUAGUCGGUUCAGGGACAGGACGGUGGACACCAUCAGGCUGGGCGAGAAUAAUGGUCCGAAGGGAUGGAGAGGAUCCGUUAUUCGAGGGCGCGUUCAGUCUUGAUCACGAUAAGCACCAUAUCGAGCUACAGUCUACAUAUCUCGCUAAGAAGCGACCUAUCGAUGUCAGUAUUGAACACAGGGACACCGAAUACAUGGUUGUGUAUCGGGACUCCGACAGGACUCAUAUGCAUCCGGAGCUUAAGAAACGGUCGUUACCUGUAUCCACUGGGUGUGAGGCAAAUAAACUGGACUACAAUGCUGAUUUGACAAAUUCAAUCUUUCCAUUUGGGAUCGGAGGACCCGAUGAACAAUGGGGUGUCACAUCGUUGAAUUCAUUGUUCGGUCUGAGCAAGCGACAAUCUGAUGUGGGUGGCAUAUCAGGUAAUACUGGUGGAGUGGACUUGGAAUCGACCAUCGGCGAUACAUCAGGGUGUCCGAAGACGAAGAAAGUGGCCCUCAUUGGAGUCGCUACGGAUUGCAAAAUGACCGACUACUUCUCUGGCAACACAACCGCCACAGCCAAGGACGCAGCGAAGGACUAUGUUAUCAACGUUGUCAACACGGCGUCGAGCGUCUACGAGGACUCCUUCAAUGUCUCAAUUGGUCUACGCAACCUUACUGUCAAUAAAGAGUCUUGCCCAACCACUGACAACGAUGCAACUCCAUGGAAUGUCGACUGCAAUAGCGGUAAUAUAACCUGGCGACUGAACGAGUUCUCAAAAUGGCGCGCCGAUAACAAAGACAACAACGCCUACUGGACUCUAAUGACAGCCUGUUCAACAGGUUCUGAGGUUGGAAUCUCCUGGAUGGGUCAGCUAUGCAACUCUGAUUUAACGAGCUCUGGUUCGAGCUCCGUCAGCGGCGCCAAUGUCGUAGUGGGUAAUGCAGGAACGACCUGGCAGAUUUUCGCCCAUGAAUCCGGACACACAUUCGGCGCAGUUCACGACUGUGACUCACAAACCUGCUCCGAGGGACUGGAAGAUUCAUCCCAAUGCUGUCCACUGACCUCAUCAACCUGCAACGCCAAUGCCCAGUAUAUCAUGAAUCCUUACGCAGCAUCAACCAUGACCAACUUCUCCGAGUGCACGAUCGGGAAUAUCUGCUCAGCUAUUGGCCGGAACAGUAUCAAAUCAACCUGUCUAACCGAUAAUCGUGGUGUCGUGACUAUCACCGGAAGCCAAUGCGGAAACGGCAUUGUUGAAGCCGGCGAGGACUGCGAUUGCGGUGGUACAGAAGGGUGCGGAGAUAAUGCCUGCUGCGAUGCAACGACAUGCAAGUUCAAGAAUAACGCAGUGUGCGAUGACUCGAAUGAUAACUGCUGUUCCAGCUGUCAAUUUGCUUCUUCUGGAACAGUCUGUCGCGCGAGUGCCGGAGUAUGCGAUAUCGCCGAGUACUGUACCGGGAAUUCCAGCGCCUGUCCCAAUGACCAGUUCGAGAAGGAUGGCACAUCCUGCGGCUCAAAAGGACAGGGUCUGGAGUGUGCGAGUGGUCAAUGUACCAGUCGGGACUACCAAUGUCGCUCUGUUCUCGGUAAUAUCCUCAAUAGUAAUGACUCCUGGGCAUGCGAUAAUACGAAUGCCCCAUCCUGCAUGAUUGUUUGCGGUGCACCACAGAUCGCACAAGAGUACGGCUCUACAACCUGCGUUGAGAUGAACCAGAAUUACCUCGACGGGACGCCCUGUGAGUCUGGUGGACGCUGCACCAACGGACAGUGCAAGGGUUCCUCAGUUGGUGGGUGGAUCAAAGACCAUAAGAACCUCGUUAUUGGGAUCUGUGUUGGAGUAGGAUGCUUGAUUCUAAUCGCUUUGCUAUACUGCAUUAUUGGCUGGUGUCGAGGCCUUCGUUCACGUCGAAAGUACAUGAAUGCGCCUCCGCCACGAUACCCUGGUCCUCCUCCUGGACCUCCUGGUAUGCGUGGACCGCCUCCCCCGAAUCAGUGGUAUGGACAGCCGCCUGGCUAUCCAAAUGUUCCACCACCUCGAGAACAAUAUGGCUAA